GUUGUUAUUGAACUAUAUACAAUCGUCUUUGCAAAACAAAACCGUGCUGCACACGUGUUUUUGAUGGCUGUAAUGUGUAAAGUGGCAAGUUGUUGCUAUCAUCUUUUAAUUAAACAUAUCAUGUUUUAGUUAUUUUUACAUAUUUGAGGGAAAAUAAAUAGCUGACAUUACGAUAGUCAAAGGUUAUGGUAUGCAGUCUGGAAAGUGAAUAAUUUUUAAAGUUAACCUGUUUAAAGGUGUAUCUAGUUCUUGUGAUGGAUGGAAAUAAUGACUUGGAAAAGAAAAAGUCCCAUCGGGAUCGGCAUUCAGGCCGGAAGGCGGAGAAGAAGAAGGCAAAAGGCGCCAAGGAGCAGAAACUCCCGGACAAGCAACGCAACCCGAAGGCAUUCACGUUCAACUCCGCCGUUAAAGCCGAGCGCCGCUUCCGCAGGAAGGAGGACCUGGAGACGAAGAAGCAGCACAUCCCGCAGGUGGACCGCUCGCCCUUGGAGCCGCCCCCCGUCGUGGUGGCGGUGGUGGGCCCGCCCAAGGUCGGCAAGACCACGCUCAUCCAGUGCCUCAUCAAGACCUUCACCAAGCAGCCCCUGACCAGCCUGAAGGGCCCCGUCACCAUCGUGUCAGGCAAGAAACGGAGGCUGACGCUCAUGGAGUGCAACAACGACAUCAACAGCAUGAUCGACAUAGCCAAAGUCGCGGAUCUCGUGUUGCUCCUGAUAGAUGCGUCGUUUGGCUUCGAGAUGGAAAUAUUUGAGUUCCUGAACAUCUGUCAGGUGCACGGGAUGCCGCGCAUCAUGGGCGUGCUGACGCACCUCGACGUGCUGAAGAAGGCGAAGCAGGUGCGGCAGGUGAAGAAGCUGCUGAAGCACCGCUUCUGGACGGAGGUGUACGCGGGCGCCAAGCUGUUCUACCUGUCGGGGCUGCUCCACGGGGAGUACCUGCGCAACGAGGUCAAGAACCUCAGCCGCUUCGUGUCCGUCAUCAAGUUCCGGCCGCUCGCCUGGCGCUCCGCCCACCCCUACCUGCUCGUGGACCGCAUGGAAGACGUCACGGCCCCCGAGGAGGUGCGCCGAAACCCCAAGGCGGACAGGAAGGUGUGCUUGUACGGCUACGUGCGUGGCGUGCCGCUCAACAAGCUGUCCAGCGUCCACAUACCGGGCUGCGGGGACCUGCGCGUCCACGACGUGGCCUUCCUGCCCGACCCCUGCCCGCUGCCCGACCGCCUGGGGCGACGCUCCCUGGCGGAGAAGGAGCGCCUGGUCUACGCCCCCUUCUCCGGCGUGGGCGGCCUGGUGUACGACAAGGACGCCGUGUACAUGGAGCUGGGCGGCAGCCACUCCCACCGCCCGGAGGAGACCGAGCGGCCGGAGCGCGCGCUGGUGAGCACCAUCCUGGAUGUCGGCGAGACGGUGGACGUGAAGCUGGCGCACAGCACGCUGCGACUCUUCUCCAGCUCCACCCGGGACUUCACGGGGGACGCGGUGGCCGGCAAGAGGAAGCGAGCUGAGGAGGCCGCGGAUGGUCCUGCAGACGCGGGCAGUGACCGAGUCGGCGGCAGCGACCAGGCCUCGUCUGGGUAUUCGAGCAGCGACGAUGACGCAGUUUCCGAGCUGUCUGACGGGAUCGAUGCUUCUGAUCUGCGCCGACGCCCGCCUGGCGCGGGGCCCGCGACACGCCGCGGAGUCGAAGAGCCGCGGAGGAAGAAGCUGAGGAAGUCACGGGUGGUGUCGGCGGAGCGAGAGGGCUCCGGUGGGUCCGGAGACGACAGCAGCGAGGAGGAGGUCGAGACGAAGCUGGCGCGAGCCAUCAGCGCCUUGAAGUCAGAGUCCGAGGUCGUGCGUGCCGCUCCGUGCGCCGGUGCUUCGCCCGAUGAAGCUGAAGAUGUGAAGGGGGAUCUCGAAUCAACUCCAAAAUCCAUCAGGAACAAAGACAACGACACGUUGAUCCAGAGCCGAGUGUCCGACGCCCUGUCGAGGCUGGAGCGGGGAGACGUCAGCGGCAGGACGCCCGCGCAGGUCGUCCCGGCAGACGAGGACAGUGGCAGCAGUGACGACGAUGAGUACGAGGACGUCGGGAGUGACGAUACCGACAGUGCUGGUGAAGGCGGACAGCUGUCUGACGGUGACGAGGAGGCUGAUGACAGCGAUGACGGAGAUGACAGCAACGUGGGGAGCGACCAGGAGGCCGGCAGUUCGGACCCCGAGAGCGUCUCCGUUGGUGUCGAAGGUGCCGCGGAGCGAUCCUCGCUGAGGUGGAAGGACGACCUGGCCCGGAAGGCGGCAGAUGCUUUUGUGGAGCGGCAGGCAAACACUCAGAAUUUGUGGAAGUUGGUUUAUGGCGAGCUGAGCGGCGAUGCGGACGCGGGCGGCGUUGAGGAGGGGCCGGGGGAGGUGGGGGGCUUGUUCCGAGUGGUGAGCCGCCGGCAGCGCGAGGCUCAGGCGCGCAAGGACGCGCGGGACGCAGACGACUGCUCCAGGUUCCAGCAGCCGCAGCUCAGGGACUGGAUGCAGCCGGAGGUGCGGGAGGCGAUACGGGACUGCUUCGUGACGGGGCGCUGGGGGCCGUCGGAGGACGCUGCCGAGCUGCUCCGGAUGGACGACGAGGGCGACGUGUUCGGGGACUUCGAGGACCUGGAGACGGGCGAGAAGCAUGCGGCGACCGCCGACAAGGGCGACGAAGAGGGGGCGGGGCCCGCUCAGCCGGCCGGCCCGACUCGCGAGCAGCUGGCAGAGAAGAAGCGCAAGCUGAAGGAGAGGUUCGACGUGGAGUACGACGACAAGGAGGGCGGCAAGUCCUUCUACGAGGAGUUGAAGAAGGAGGUGGACCACCAGUCCCAGGUGAACCGCAGCGAGUUCGAGGGCCUGGACGACGCUCUGCGAGUGCAGCUGGAGGGCUUCCGGCCGGGCAUGUACGUGCGGGUGGAGAUCGCCCGGGCCCCCUACGAGCUGGUCGCUAACUUCGACCCCACCUACCCGCUCAUCGUGGGCGGCCUGCAGAUGGGCGAGGAGAACGUCGGCUGCGUCCAGGUGCGGCUGAAGAAGCACCGGUGGUACGGCAGGAUCCUCAAGUCCCAGGACCCGGUGAUAGUGUCGCUGGGCUGGCGUCGCUUCCAGACCGUCCCCGUCUUCUCCAAGCUGGAGGACAAUCUGCGACACAGGAUGCUGAAGUACACCCCUGAGCACGUGGCCUGCAUCGCUCACUUCUGGGGGCCCAUCACGCCCCAGGGCACCGGGGUGCUGGCCCUGCAGGACAUCGCCACCCGGCAGCCGGGGUUCCGCGUGGCCGCCACGGGCGCGGUGGUGGAGCUGGACAAGUCCACCCACGUCACCAAGAAGCUGAAGCUGGUCGGCGCCCCGUACAAGAUCUUCAAGAAGACGGCCUUCGUCAAGGACAUGUUCAGCUCGGCGCUGGAGGUUGCCAAGUUCGAGGGCGCCCGGGUGCGCACUGUGUCUGGGGUCCGCGGCCAGAUCAAGAAGGCGGAGAGCAAGCCCGAGGGAGCCUUCCGCGCUACCUUCGAAGACAAGAUCCUGCUCAGCGACAUCGUGUUCUGCCGGACGUGGUACCAGGUGGAGGUGCCCCGGUUCUACACCCCCGUCGCGUCCCUGCUGCUGCCCCCGGAGCGGAAGGACGCGUGGCGCGGCAUGAAGACCCUGGGACAGCUCAAGAGGGAGGCCGGCGUCCACAACCAGCCCGCUGUGGACAGCCUCUACACGCCGGUGGAGCGGGAGCCGAAGGUGUUCCGGCCGCUGGUGGUCCCCCGGACCCUGCAGAGGGAGCUGCCCUACAAGAACAAGCCCCGGCAGGGCCCGGCCGAGCCCCGCCCCAGCCUGCAGUCCCAGCGAGUCGCCGUGGUGCGGCAGCCUCACGAGGAGAAGGUGGCCCGGCUGAUGAAGAUGCUGAGGACGUCGUACGGCCACAAGGUGAAGCAGCAGAAGCGGGAGAUGGCGGCGCGCGUCACCGCGCACAGACGCCAGCUGCAGCAGGAGCAGCAGCGCCGGCUGGCGCGACAACGCACGCUCAAGAAGCAGCUGUUCCGUGCCGCCAGCAAGUUGGCGCGCAAGAAGCCCGGGCACGCGGCCGCCCAAUAGUAGUGACUCUCGCUUCGACAGCCGACGUUAACGGAAAUUUUCACAUCAGUUUUAAAAACCAAAUAGAACUAUAGGUGUCUCUCAUUGAGCACUUGAAUUCAGGUGAGGAUCAACGCUGAAUUGUUUGGAAUACGCAAUUGAAUAUUAUUUUGCAAAUAAAAAUUUACUAUGUAAA